GAUGGAAAAAUUUCUUGUGAUCGAAAUCUAAUCUACGAUAGCCGCGGGCAGCAGGGAAACUCGAUCAAAGUAGGCGAGAAGUACGAUUUUUCGUAAAGAAUACGUUGCAAAAUGCCAGCACCCCAAUAAGAUUUAAUAUUCAUUUUACGUUUGAGAUCACAGAUAAUUUUUACCAACAUGGAACAACACUAUGAAGAUGACAAUAUCUAUUACGAUAAUAUGGAAAUUAUGGAGAAAAUUGAGCAACGUAAAAUACAAGAGGUGAUCGAUAUAAAAGCCAAACAUAAGAUCCAAAAGCAAAAUAAUGUGAAUCCAACCGAGAAUCCACCAGCGCUGCCACCGAAAAAGAAGAAUUUACCCAAAUCAUCGAACAAUAUAGCCAAGAAAGAAUCUGAAUCCCCAAAAGUGCCUAAAACUCAAGAAGCGAUUCACAAUCGCCAACAACAAUUGGUGAAAGAAAAGAAACCUGAACCACAACCUCAGCCUCAAUCGCAGCAGACAUGCAGCCAUCCACAACUUUUAAGAACUCGUUCAAUUGUUGAUGAGCCUUUAUCUCCUAUUAUGGAGGAAGAAAGUGUUUUAGGAGAUUCUCCACACGGGAGUUUGCACGGUUCGGAUGACGAGUUAUCAGAACAUCCAAGUCAAUCAGCAUCGGAUACAUUUCAUAGUGACGAUUCUUCCAGUGUGUUUUAUGAAUCAUUUAGUGAUCAAACGAAUGUUAAAAACAACAAUACAAACUUUAAUGAAAGUAGGGAAAAUGGCAAAUCUACGAAUAAAACCAUUCAAAAUGGUAUAACAGAUAAUAAGUCGAUUUCAGAUUCUGGUGGAUCAGGAAACUCAAGAUCGUCCUCACAGAAAUCUAAAGACAAUUCUCAAUUUACGCAGAAUACAAAGACAGGAUCGGGUGGAAGUUUUCCUAAUUCAUAUGAUACAAGUUCCAUCGAUGAUGAGUCGGAGCAAGAUGGUGUCCAGCCUUACGGUAUGGUUGAUCUUGCACAACUCGAUGAAGCGGAAAAUAAACGAAAAAUUCCACCCAAACCACGCAUUGAUGCGAGACAACUUGCGAAUCAGAAUAGAGAUAAUUUACACAAACUCAGACAGCAUUCUAGGAAUCAGAAUGCAUCUAGGGAAGAAAUCAACGAAUAUGAUAACUUGGAUGAAUAUAACGGCCGACACAGUACAGCCGUGUCGUCAUUGGACAAGCAGGGAAUCCAGAGGCCGCCUUCAACUGCAUCACCAAAGUCACUGCCAAAAAAUAUGACAAGGAGUUCAAAUGUUAAAAACGAAGAACAACGUACAAACAGAAGAACUCUAUCAGACAGUAGAGAAAAGCGCGACGCACUUAGACGUAAAGAACUGCAAUCCAUACAGGGUCAAAGACCCAGAUCAUCUUCGGAUCGCAGCGACUCAAGUGUCGAUAAACGUAUGAAAGGUCCUGCACUUCCACCAAAACCAGCACCGAAAGUACUACCUAUCCCUGUCAAUGUAAAAGAAGAAGAUCUUUUCAAAGAUGACGUAAAUUUGUAUGAAGAGAUCCAACCACGUGAUGAGGAAGAGAGAAAUCACGUGCUACAAACCGACGCAAUGGAAAAAGCGUGGGACGACAUUCAAGAAAUUUUAGAAUCAAUGGAAAUUCCAGAUUUUGGCGACGCACAACCGAAGUCAAAAACCCUUUCUACGAAAAGGUUCCCGGUCUCACAGCAAUACAAACAAUACGAACCUCCUCAAUAUGACAAUUUUGCAGAUUUAAUGAGCAAUCAGAAUCUGCAAACUACUCCAGUUACAGCGAGAAAAAUGGAGUCACCACUUUUACCAAAACAAAACCCACCAUCUCCAAAACGAAAAAAUAGUUUUGGUAGUUUGAGCAGUUCUAGCUACAGGUCAGAGCUUUCACACAAAUAUGAUCAACAAAAUACCACAAACAUCACAGCUUUUAACUCACCCAAUACUCAGAAUCUACAUGGAAUGAAGCCACACGAAAAUGCACAGGAUAAUUUAUAUGUAAAUGACAAACAGUUCAGACAAGAUGACUUAGAUGAGAUAAUACCAAGCGAUAUAGACACCAGGUAUUACGAAGGACCGCGAGAAAAUAGAAAUCAGGCACCGCCUCCUUUGCCUGCACCCAGAAAAAGCUUUGCGAAAUCACAAAGUUCAGGCCAACUUGUUGGAAAUCCAAAGAGUAAACUGCAUGUUAUGAGCAGAACAAAUUCCGGACCUUCAAUAUUAAUAGACGAGCGAUACGAAUUGCCUGCAAAUAAUAUUCCGGAAAAUAAACAGAUGUAUAGAAAGUCAAAAUCUCUUGAUGAAAAAGAAAAAUCCGCAUCCUCUCCAGACGGUUCGCUUCCACGUAGAAUGAAGAGUAGAGAGAGUGACGGUGACAGUGGUAUGUUUUCACAAAAUGUCACAGAUGAAGGUUUAGCAAUGAAAUCUGGUUCCCAAUAUAGUGAUGAAUCAAUGCUCGACACAAGUGAAUCUUUAAAAGGAAGCACCAAGUCCUUAGGUCGAAUCGCUUCGCGUGAACGCAAAAAAUCUCCUCUCAGAUCAAAAUUCAAAUUUCGCGUGCGAUCAAAAUCCCAAGAACGAUUUCAGAGUGAUUCUGGAUCAGUUGCACAACAAUCUGGCAACAGUGAUGUUGACGAUGACGCGAAAGGUCGUCGACGCAAAGGGUCAAGACUAUCACGCAGAAUAUCGAGAAAAACUGCGGAGAGAAGAGGGCGUUCUGCUGAUCGCAGUAAGUCUGGAGAUGAGGACGAAUCUCGUGGUAGAAAUCCUGUGAAUUUUAUCAGAAAACUGCUACGAAAAUCGAGAGAACCAGCAGAAGAGAUUUCAGCGCCAAUGCAAGAUUUUGACGUGGAAGCUCAUGUUGCCAAUCAGAACUUGUACGUCCAGUCACCCGUAGCGAAGGCCCCUUCGGUGACAUCACAACCAGAAAGACAUCAGAAACCAUUGGACCCACCUCGUGAGAAACAGUUGAUAUCGCCGCCUUCUCGUCGAGCAAGAAAAAUGCUACAUUCAAGAAGAGCACGCGAAUACGCAAGUUCAUCUGACGAGGACGAUAGUGACGUCAUUACCAAUAGAAGAGAUGGUUAUGAUCAAAGAAAUGCAAAACUUGGUGGACAACGUCCGGAUCAUCACAACUCGUUUCGAAACCAACGAAGAAAUUCGCCUUCGACUUCAGAUUCAGAAGAAGACUACAGACCAUCAUAUGAGAACAACAGAGGAGGGAAUGGAUUUGACGAUUAUUCCGGUAGAAGAAAAAGUGGAACAAGAUAUGAUUAUGAAAAAGAUGACAAAGCGAUGAGAGAUAGGAACCAAAGAACUCGCAUACAACAUCCAAGAAGACGACAUUCAGACAAAAGAAGAAAUUACAAUGACGGAACACAACAACCAUCAAACAAUGCAUCACAACAACAUGAAAAAUACAGAACUCUCGUUUCUCUUAACGCACAAACCUUGAAAAAGAUUACAGAAAAAUGGUUGACGGAGUGGAGAAAUCAGCUACCCGUUGGUGGAUUCUUGAUUACGUCAUGGUCUGACGUAGUUUUGGCCAGCAAAAGACCUCAAUGCAUUUUGGGAAAAACUGUAUUAUAUGUUGCUCAUUUUUCUACCAAUCCAGAUCAUAAGCUAGCUUGCCAGAUGUUUGAUCAAAAAGAUAUCAACUCUCGCCUCAUACGUCAACUCGAAAACUGCUCUACUUUGACGGCGCACCCGAAUCUAUGCAGCGUUUGCAGCCAUUUCCCUUGUCAAGUGCCUGGUUCGCUGAUCAACCCUGCUUAUGGAGAUAGACCCGUGAAAGCCUUGUGCGUUGUAUUGGCAAACGUACCAGCUAUGUCACUAGCUGAAUAUCUUCAGAGAUUGGGAGAAGAAAAAGAACCCAAACAAGUUCACAAGCAAAUCCUGCUGAUGUUACUUCAGCUGCUUCAGGCGAUGGACAAUCUAUCUUCUUCCGGAUUCAGUAUUUCAUGCAUAAAACCAGACCAUCUUGUGGUAACCCAGGAAAGAGGACUAUUACAGAUUCUUCCUCAUAUGGAUUGCGCGGACGAAAACUCUACGGAGAACGAUGAGGGCUUUCGAAGGUUACCAAUCAUGCAACAAAUAGCAAAGUUAGUAUCGUGGAUGCUCCAAAUCGGUACAGACAUACAUAAUUCCAGAUCACAAAAACCUGCGGCCGCAUCUCCGCACCUUUUUGCUCUUAAAAAGAUUGUAUAUAUACUCACUGAACAACCACAAAAUCUGGACAGUCGUGCAAUACAAAGCAUCGCCCAAUGUGCUUUAUGGGGUCCUAUGACGUCAGAAGAAUUGGAUCUGGGUAUGAAAAAUACGUACGAGGCACUUGAAAUGUGGGUCGACAUGAAACAAGCAAAACUUGUUAACAGUAUUGCUGUUUUAUUUUCUGGGAAAAGCAACUCGGUGCCGAUAUAUAUGUUUUACAAACAUCAAUAUUUUUCACAAAUCAAUCCCGAAAGUUUGUUUCAGAAUUUGAGAACAUUGCAGCGAAUUUAGUUAAAAAAUAAGACUGAAAAUGGCACACUAACAUUUGCAAUAAUGUAUUGUGAAAUCUUGAACAGAGCUAACAUAAUUUACAAAAUUUGAUAAAAGUGUUACCAUUUGAAUUAUGACAAGGUGGAUAAGAAAAAAUAACAAAAUUAGACAUUUUCAUUGAAUAUGCAAAAACUCUUAAUACCAGACUAUAUAUUUGUUUGUUUUAUAUUGCUUAUGUUAAAUUGAGUUUAUAUGAUAAAAGGAGCAGUUGCAGUUCUACGAGGUGAUAGUUACAAUCAUACCUCUGUCAAUUUAUAAAAAUAUUAUUACUUUUUUACGGUUUCAGGGAAUUGUAACAUAUACUCAUUUUCCACAAAUCGUUUUGAAAAUGACUACAAGCAAGUAAUGUCAACUAUACCUUUUUAUUAUUUGCUUGACAAUCAUACAUUCAUGCAUGUUUGUCCUAACGAGCCAUAUUACAUAUUUUUGCCUUUCUAUGUAUUUUGCUCUGGGAAGGUCUAGUUUCAACAAUAUGGCUGUGUAAUGUGAUAUCACAGUAUUUUAUAUUCCGCCCACAAAAUGAGCCGUUUGGGACCUUGUUUCGAGUGUACUCUUGUUAUCUGUAUUAUUACAUAAUUUCCGUUGUCAACAUUAUUGCUUUAUUUUAUCAGUUUCAUAUAUAUUAUAAUGCAAAUGUGUGAAGAUGUAUCUUCGUGAAUGGCAAUAUAUUGCAUCUAUUGGCCAA